AUGGCUGGGUUCCGAAAGUCACUAUCCUUCUUUGCUGCAUGUUGGGCUCUUUUGUCCACCUCCGUGGCUCUUCAAGGAUGCCAGCUCCCAGAAUCCCCACGACGCCGCCUCUUCCUGCUGAACGAUAUUGCAAACGAGCCAGAUGAUGCACAGUCGUUAGUUCGGCUGCUUGUAUACGCCAACGAGUUCCAAAUCAAAGGCCUAGUGGCUACCACAAGUUGGUGGCUCAAUGACACGACCCGUCCUGAUCAGAUGAGCGACAUCGUAGGCGGGUAUGCCGAGUCGGUUGAAAAUCUCAAGAAGCAUGCCUCGGGAUGGCCAGAGCCGGAUGAUUUGCUCGAUCUCAUCAAGUCAGGUUCAAGGUACGGGAUGAACGGGGUGGGCGAGAACCAGAACAGCGAAGGUUCGGAGCUUCUCGUCGCGGCAGUGGACAAGUCGGAGGAACCGCUCUGGACUCCUGUAUGGGGUGGUGCCAACACACUCGCGCAGGCACUCUGGUAUGUGAACGCGACUCGAUCGGCCGAAAGGUGGACGGCUUCGUUGCGAAACUGCGUGUGUACUCGAUCUCCGACCAGGAUAACAGCGAUUCGACGGAACUGGCCGAAUCUGUUCUACAUUGCGAGCGUGCAUGACUUCAACCGAUAUGCGAAUGCUGCAUGGGGAGGAAUUUCGGGCGACGAGUACUAUCACUUUCCUAGCAAUGCAAACAAGGACGUCAUCUCGAAAUCGUGGAUCAAACAGCAUAUCCAAUCUGUGGGACCUCUUGGGGCCCAGUAUCCAGAUGGAGAGUUCAUUAUCGAAGGUGAGGUCCAUUUCGCCUUGACGUACGCUCAGCUACUAACUGUACAAGGUGACUCACCGGCCUUGCUCUACAUGAUCCCGACUGGCCUUUCGGACCCAGAACACCCAGAAUGGGGCUCUUGGGGAGGUCGAUACGGUCCUGUGGCCUGGGGCGAAGGACAUUUUGCCGAUAGCAUCGAUACCAUUAUCAGUGAAUCCGGGAGCACAAUGAUGGGUCCCCACGUCACGAUCUAG